GAAUCCGAACCGAACCGAAUUGUCUGAACCGAACUCAGAUUCGGACAAUUCGGUUCGGUUAUAUUUGUUUUUUGAUUCCGAUCGGAAUGGUUUUCAAAAAAUUUUGGUUUGUCUUCGGUUCGGUUCGGAGAGACAAAACCGACGGAAACCCGAAAUUUAACCCUAGCGGCGACAGAGAAAGACAUUCUCGAGUUUCUGAUCCGAUCCUGUGUUGUCCCGAUCAACCUUGUGUUUAAUCUUCAGUAUGUCUCAUGACUCUGGGGAAGAGAACAUUGACCCGGUUCUACAAGAAGAGAUUGAUGAUGGUCCGACAGCUUCUCCAGUUGGUGGGAAGAGACGACGAACUCAGGCUACAACUUCUACUGUACCGUCUCAACCGAGGAAAAAGCCAGCUCAUAGAUCUCCGGUUUGGGAGCAUUUUAUUCAGCAAGCACAUGAUCAGGCCCUCGCCAACUGUCGGUACUGUGGUCAAGCUCUAGGAUGUGACACAGUGAUUCAUGGAACAAGUGCAAUGAAGAAUCACAUUAGUAGGUGUAAGAUGUACAAGAUGCAUCUAGAGAGUGGUACUCAGAGUGUGUUGGCUGGUGAUAGCAGUGGUGUAAUGACUGCAAUCAAGUAUGAUCAAGCUUUGUUCAGAAGGUCUGUGAAUGAGAUGAUCGUUCUUAAUGAGCUGCCGUUUGCAUUUGUGGAGUCUGAGGGUUUUAGGAGAUUUUGCAGCAACAUGCUUCCCAUGUAUACGGUCCAUUGCAGGAAGACAGCCACAACAGAUAUAUACAGUAUGUAUCUGAGAGAGAAAGGAGCUUUGAAGGAGCUGUUUGGUAAGGAGAAGCAGAGAGUGUCUAUGACAACCGAUAUAUGGGUAGCUCCCACGACUUCUUGUAGCUACAUGGUGGUAACAGCUCACUGGAUUGACAGAGAUUGGAAGUUGCAGAAGAGGAUUAUCAGUUUCAAGCCAGUGACAGAUCACAAAGGUGAUACAAUUGCUGAGCAUUUGGUAGCCUGUCUUGAAGAAUGGGGAAUUGAGAAGGUCUUCACAGUAACAGUGGAUAACGCUAAGGGGAAUGACAAGGCUCUAAGGGUAUUCACUGAUGCUUUGAUCAUGAGAGGACCUGAUGCUUUAGUUAGUAAUGGUGAUUAUCUUCAUAUGCGGUGCUGUGCGCAUGUCCUCAACUUGAUAGUGAGGGAUGGUUUAUCCAAAGCAAAAAGGAGUAUAGUGUCCAUCAGAAAUGCGAUUAAGUAUGUGAGAUCAUCAGGUGAUCGGUUGAAGUCAUUCCUGUUGAGGGUCGACACAGAGAACGUAGGUCGAGGAAGCUUAUGUCUUGAUGUUGCAACCAGGUGGAACUCGACUUAUCUAAUGCUCACAGCCGCAAUUAAGUUUAGGGUUGCAUUUGAAAAGAUGCUGGCUGAAGACAAGUUGUAUAACGACUACUUCAUGGAGACUGAAGAGAAUAGUGAGGAGAAUGGUGAUGAAGCUGAAUUCCCAGGGCAGAAGCGUAUUGGUCCUCCUAAUUUUGCUGAUUGGGAUCAAGUGCAGAGGUUAGUUAAGUUCUUGAAGAUCUUUUUCAACUGCACUUUGUCUUUCUCAGCCAGCAAAUCAGUGACCUCUACUCUUUGUUAUAAUGAGAUUGUGACAAUUGAGAGGAAUCUUAUCAAUCUAAGCACCACUGGUGAUGUGCUACUAAAGACAGAGGCAAUGAUGAUGAGGAGUAAGUUUGAAAAAUAUUGGGAUGGUCUCCUAAACAUGAAUCCGCUUGUCAUCAUCGCAAGUGUGUGUGAUCCUAGAAACAAGAUGUAGUUUGCUGGUCUUUGCUUCGACAAGCUUUAUGGAAAAGACAGUGUCGAAAGUACUCAUCUAAGAUCAUCAAUUAAGGGUGUGAUGAAGAAGAUGUAUGCAGAGUAUGUGGUGAAGUUGAGUGUAAGUGAACAAGUUGUACCAACUACUGGUGGGGUCGUAGCUGAUGCUGGAAUACCAGCAACUGAUUUGUAUGAUUUGUCGGAUGAGGAUGGUUAUGAGAGGAUGGAUACGCUGUACUCUGAGAUGGUGGCUGAAUGCACAAAUGAAGAAUGUAGCAGUGAGCUAGAUAUUUACUUGUUGGAGAAACCAGUGCCAAGGACUGUAACUGCUUUGGGAUUGGACUUUGAUGUUCUAUUUUGGUGGGGGCGAAACAGUUCUAAAUUCCCUGUCUUAUCUGAGCUAGCUAGAGAUAUCCUUGCUGUUCAAGUAUCUUCGGUUGCUUCUGAAUCCGCAUUUAGCACAAGUGGUCGGAUCUUGGACCCGUAUCGCAGUUCUAUGUCACCUUUUAUGGUUGAGUCGUUGGUUUGCACCCAACAGUGGCUGAGGAAUACCAUUCAAGCAGAGAAAUUAGCAAGCUUAGUUCAGAUGUUUGAAGAAUUGCAGUUUCAUGAGUCCUUAGCUACACAGAAUGCGACUCAUCCAAUUGCGGAUCCGUGAUCUAGAGAAGAACAAGGGAGACUAGAACCAAAUAAUGAUAGUAAAAGGUUGUCUCUCUUUCUCUACAUCUUUUGCAUAAAAAAACUCAUAACAGUUAACUAUUUUUUGGAAUGAAGUAAGUAGAGAAUGACAAUAUACCAAAUGCCUAGAGGUAAGAGGAAAGGAUCAUUGGUAUAUUGUCAAUUCUCAUUCUCUCUA